UGUGCCAUGGAGCAAGGUGCCGUGAUUUAUCAUGCAAUGCAGAGUUACUACUUAAUCAAGAGAAAUAGUUUUUGGUUUUCUCAAGACCAUCUCCAUAAUGUAGGUCCGAUUCCCAAUGUCGCGUUGCCAGGCACUUCUCAACACGGGAGACAGCUUCAAACCAAGUAAUCAUACGUACUACACAAUGGCUCUUUGGGCUCCCCCGAUCUCAAUUGGUUGUUCAGCAAUCGGUGACACUCUUAUCGCUGGUACUUUGGCCUACAUUCUUCACAGUAAUAGAUCUGAUUUGCCAAGAACUAACCGAAUGAUUACGAAACUCAUAAUCUUUUGCUCGCAAACGGGCUUGGUUACAACCGUGGCGGCAUUCACUGCUCUUGGAAUUUGGGCAGUCUGCAGUUUCGUUAUCAAACAUCUGUAUACGUGUUUUCCCAUGGGAUGCUUAUACGCCACAUGUCUUCUCGCCAAUUCGAUUGCCCGGGAGUCCUACCUGCAACCACAGGCAGUCCACGAAAUCGAGAUUUCCAAUAUCAGUUCUGCACAUUUCGCCAAGGACGUCCGUGUGGACUUGAAUUUAAAUUCGUUAUCAGACACAAAAUCGGGGCACCAGGAGACAUUGGCAAUUGAAGAUUCGUUAUCAGACACAAAAUCGGGGCAUCAGGAGACAUUGGCAAUGGAAGAAGGCAGAAGUUCCGACUCCUGCACACUAAAAACGUUUUCAAGUUUGGAUUAGUUUCUUUACAUCUAUGCAUAACGCAGAAAUAAAAGGGCCUUUCCUUUGUUUCAUCGAAUAUAAGGGGAGAGGCGUUCUUCAUGUAGG